CAUGACUCUGCUGUGGCUUAUACCAUUUCUUCUUCAUCAAGGAUAUACGUUAGUUCCUGUCAUCACAGUUCAGCUUGGAGAGCCUAUAACUUUGACUUGCCAUUUAACUGGAAAGGUUCAGGUUCACUGGUACAAGCAGAGUGUGGGAAAUACUCUACAACUAAUUGCAAAGGUGUAUCAAAGUGUGACUCCCAUCUAUGCACGGGGAUUUUCAGCAUCAAGAUUUGAAAUUACAUAUAAUGAAAACAAAAGCAACUUGAUCAUUUUGUCAACAGUUCAACAAGAUGAGGGGAUGUAUCACUGCGCUCAUAUGGACUGGACUCAAUCUACUUGGACUGGGACUUAUUUGACCUUGAGAGGAAACUCUCAGAAGACAUCAGCCUACACUGUUGUUCAGGAGAAAUCCGUUUCUGGUCCCACUGGUCCAACAAACUUAGAGACUCUGCAGUGUUCAGUCCUGUCUUACUCUGAAAACAGAACCUGUUCAGGAGAACCUAGUGUGUUCUGGUUCAGAGCCAGAUCCGACACAUCCUAUCCAGACGUCAUCUACAUCGAUGAAAAAAGAAAUCAAAAUUGUGAAAAGCAAUCAGAUAAUCAGAAGAAAUGUGGUUACAACUUCUCUAAGAAUGUCAGCUCCUCUGAAGCAGACACCUAUUAUUGUGCUGUGGCUACAUGUGGAGAGAUAAUAUUUGGAAAUGGAACCAAGGUGGCGAAGAGCAAUCAAGAGAAAACAAGUGGUGAAAGGACUGUGUGGAUGAUCACUUUAAUCAGCUUGGCUAUUUCUGUGAUCUUCAAUAUUAUUUCUAUUUUUUACUGUUCUCAAAGAUCAGUCUGUACCCAAUGUAAAGAAAGUUUCUCUUCUGAAGCAAAUAGCAGGGACUUAAGCCAACCAAUAAAUGAGAGUGAAAAUAGACAGGAUCUAAAUUAUGCUGCAUUGUAUUUCUCUGGAGGGAAGGAGCAAAAAGGAAAGAAGAAAAGGGAAAUAAAGACAGAAGAAAGGAUAUAUUCAAAAGUGGUUUUCAAUAGUGAUAUUUAACAUAGGAAUAUGAUUGACAAGUCAAGUGAUACAUGUCAGUAUCAUAAAAUCUAGACUUAUGCUGAAUGCUGACAUUCUAAAUUAUAUAAUCACAGAUCAGUCUGUGCACAAAAAUAAUGUUUUGUAAAUAUGUAGCAAGGUUUAUUGUUUUAAUAGGAUAGUAUUGGUUGAAAGAAAUAUCUAUCUGUCUUGGAAAAUAAUAUCGACAAAGGUUUGAUAAAAAAAACUUUUUUCUUCAUCAGUAAAGCUUUUAUAAUGUCUUAUUGAACACAUAAAUGCUUGAAAAUACAAACCAAAAAAAAAAAAACUAUUUAAAAAUAUGUAUUUUUAAUGCUGAUUGAUAUUCACAUUGAUUUAAUGAACACAGCUAAAGUUUUCAUUUAUACAAAAAAUAAAUAAAAAAGAGGGAAAAUACUAGAUUGUGGUUUUGUUUGAAUGUCAUAUCACUGCUUCUGAAUAAGUAUGUUGCAAUAUAUAUUUAUAUCGAAUUCUUUUCCAGCACCUUUUCUUAUAUGAAAGUUUUUACAUAACACCACCAAGACUCUCAGUGCUCCCAUGCUUCUCCCCCUAAAGGAGACAAUUUGCUUACCAGCAGAGUGGAUCUCCCUGGGAUGGAAUCAAGGCAUUGCUUACAAAAGAUACAAGUAAAUUUCCCACACUUAUCAUCUGAAUGGCUCCACUCAGGAAAUGAGGCCAAUAUGUCAUUAUGAUAUUAACUAAUGUUAACUACCAGUACAAAGACAUAACAGGAUACAUGAUAUUAUGUACAGUAUAUUACCGAUUUGCAUAUGUGAUGGAUCCAUCGCAAACAAAACAGCUUCUUAAGCUGGGCCUCUGAAGUAAACAAUUGCAAUCGGCUGUUCACUGGGAGAUUUUGUUUUUUUUGUGAAUGUUGCAUGUGGUACAAGAAAGCUAGUUAUUUCACCAAGGGGAAAGAAAAGUGCAUCUUUUUUGUCUGAUGAGGGAGGCGUACAGACACAGAAGCAGCACAGACCACAUCAGAAGAUGACAGGACUACAGCAGUUUUCUGAAUCCCAAAGGAGGAGAGAAAGAGAGAGUAAGGUGGGCACAUCGAGGCUAUAUGCCCUAUUCAUGAGUAAAAGAAAAUAUAGCAAUAUCUGGAAAAAAUUUAUAUAUACUUAUCAAAGUA